GAAAGGAAAAAACAAAAAAUCACUUGAAGAAGAAGACAGAUACAAACCGGUGGCAUAUAUUUGACCAUGUGUUUUCCGGCUCAUCAAAUUUCUGUAUUAAUGAAGAGUUCAAAAUAGUCGGGCUCGUAUCAUGGCCGCAUGGAUCUUUCGAUUUCUUGUAGAAAGGCCAAAACUAUGUUUCGGUAAGAAAUCUUCUUACUAUGUUUUUUCGGUGUGUGUGUAUGUGUGUGGAUCUAUCUUGUUUAAUACACAUGUCAAUAAUUUUCUUGUCUUUUGAAUUCUACCGGUAGGUAUAACGCUUGGAGCGCAUUUCAUCUUAUUAUUGGUAACUGGUUCGUUGUAUCUCUCUGGUUAUGACAUCUUGCCGGCCGAUUUUACCCAAGUUCCUUUGAAUCUCGAGGAUGAUGUGACCAAACUUCGUGCGGAUGCAUGGAAAUUCGCCCGGCAAGAUUCGCGAGUGAACAUCAACCCGACUUCCGUGGGAAUUCAGCCCGAACGUAGUAUCCAGUAUGACGCUCUUGAACUUAUGUACGAAGCCGAACAAGGCAAUACGUUCACCAAGGAGAAUCUAAAAUUAAUUCGAGACACAGAAUUUGAAAUCUUUAACAAUUCAAUUUAUCAACAACGCCUUUGUCAAAUCGUAGAAUACGGUCUUUGUAAGUUCCCACUGUCAAUCAUUCGCUUUUUUGAUGGCAGUUAUAGAUCGAUUCAUAGAGAUUUAUUUGAUCCAAACUUUGAAAAUAUUACAGCAAUUCUAACCCUGGCUAACUCAAUCAACGUGACGCGGGCGAUUCUUGACUUCCAUUUAGACAAGCAAGCGGUCAUCGCAGACCCUACUAAAGGCCACAAACCAGUGAAAUCGAAAUAUACUAGAUCGUUAUUUUACAUUGGGUAUCCACUAAAGGGAUUCCACAACAUCGAGGAUCGUGUUGAUGAGCAGUGGGAAAAUGCCCAGUCAUUCGCAAGCGAGGCUUUUGCAGAACUGCUAGACAAGAAAUUCAAAGAAGGGAUCGGCGACAUGAAAUUUUAUUAUUUUUUGACAGCUUUAUUUUUUAAUGCCAUUUCUCAGCAGGUUAUUUAUGAUCUUCUUCUGGCCGGUGCAAGCUUUACUUUUAUUUUCCUCUUCAUGUUAUUUCAAACUCAGUCUCUCUGGAUCACCGGCUGGGCGGUGUUUAGUAUACUUACUUGCUUCUUUGGUGCCAAUUUGAUCUAUCGUGUUGUCCUGGACUGUCGCUAUAUCGGCAUUUUCCACGUUCUUUCGGUGUUUAUAAUCCUGGGUAUUGGUGCGGACGAUGUGUUUGUAUUCAUUGACGCAUGGAAAGCUUCAGAAUCUAACUCAUUUAGGGAUCUUUCAUCAAGGCUUUCUUUUGUGUAUCGGCGAGCAGCAAGCGCCAUGUUCACGACUUCUUUCACUACAAUAGUGGCUUUCAUCACCAGUGUCUUCUCCCCCUUAUUGGGUGUGUCCACAUUCGGCAUAUUCUCAGCGCUACUAGUUUUUGUAAACUACUGCUCUGUUAUUAUUUUUUUCCCUACUGUCAUUGUAACAUAUGAAUACUAUUGGAAGGACUAUCGUUGGCAUUGUUUUGGAGAUUUAAAGGCGUGGCAAGCUAUAACCUCGCGCCGAGACGACAUCGUACAGGGCGACCAGGGUGAGGAGCGGGAAGGAGAACGAGAAAAAUUCGUGGAACCGAGCAAACAUAUUAGCGAGUUUCUGGGGGGGAGAUUCUUUGACAAUUUUAUCGGACAUCGAACAAUACGAUGGAUCACCAUGGGAAUAUUCCUGAUUUUUCUUUGUGUGUCCAUUGGAUUUGCGACACAACUUGCUCCUGACGAAGAACCGGCAAGUUAAACUAUUUUUAUGCUCUGUAAUGGUAAUUAAGAUGGCAACUUACCAUGUACAAACAACACAUUUUAAUGAUUUUGACAGAUUUUAAAGGCCGAUCUUGUUUGUUUCCAAUUAGGUAACACGGCGCAAAAAACUUUACGCGCUCACAACUUUUUUUAAACAUAUUUUUUUUUUCAUCCUGUUUCAGUUCAAAGGCUUUCGUUUAGCAGUUUAAAUUCAAAAAUAUUGUCAAUUUCGGACUUGUGCCUAAAUUACUUUCCGCAUCCUGUUUCAUAAAAAACUGUCCUUUUGAGACAGUUUCACAAAAAUAUCCAUUGUUGUUGACAGUAAAUUUUGUUGAUAAAGUUUUCACCUGUAAUCUCCAAGCCAAAACACUUUCUAACUGAACGAAUGACAUUAACAGGUUUGAUGGCACACAAACAUGUCGUAACGGCCGUAAUUGAUGUAAGCAACUCUUGACUUUGGUUGAUCAAACGUAAUGUUUUGUUUGUUGUUUUGUUUAUUUUUUUGUUUGUUUUUUUACCACCGUGGGCAGUGACAAUUUCCUUAGUUCAAUCUGUUUCCAGUUGUCCAGAUUGAAAACCGAAACGUUAAUUUCAGGACGAUUAUGGCAUAAAUUAAUGAUGCUAUUUUGGCGUUUCAAGAUGGAAUUAACCAUCAAGUCAUCCAAUGCGGAGAAAAAUGUUUUGCAGUGAUUUCAUCAAGCCGACUUAGCCAAAGAUAAGCAAGCUAUUUGAAUCACACAGCUUUCUAUUUGUUGAUUUUUUCUCACGUUUAUAUUUUCCAUGCAUUUGAAAUGCAUUUUGCGAUAUUAAAUGUUUGUGUUUUAUUUCGCAGAAAAAUGUUUGUAUUAUUUGCCAUUGAGACGAAGGUUGUAUCAAAAUUGGCCACAAAUCCUGUGGUCAUAAAGCCCAAAACAAUUUUACUUUUCGACAAUUUUCAGUUUUUCUGUUAAAUCAUGUUAAAUGAAGCAAAAACCUACAUUAAGCAUUGAAAUUAAAAUUAUGUAUAUGUCUUGAUAAUUAUCCAUUUAUAGAAGUACAUUUACUGUUCUCAAGACAGCUGGUCACCCUGGCAAAAACAAAAGUUAUUCCAACCCAAAUGACGAAAUUCUAUUCAUAUUUAAUAACUUUGAACCCAUCAAUCAUACUUAGGUAUCCAGCUGGUGUGUUGGAUAAAGAAGCAAAAUGUAUUAAAGGCAAAGAUAAUCGUCUUUGUAAACAAUCUCUUUUGUUACGGUUCCAAUAGUUUUCAUGAAUUAUUCAAAUGAGCCUUUCAGUUUGUUUUCUUUUUAUCUUGACAAUUAAAUGAAGAAAACAGAAGGCUGAGUAUCAUUUACUUUUGGCUUUUAAACUCAGCCAAGUUCUUUUAUGUCAGUACUACUCAGUUUUGUUUGGUACAAAAUCGCAUUGAUCAAUGCAGCAGGCGAAGCAACGGAGUGAUAUGAGAAGAACUGAGCAAUUUAUACUGAGUUACCAUGAAGCUUUUUUUUUGGGGUGGCUGGUGGAAGGUCAUGUGACUGUUUUCAUUGUGUAACUCAUUAUUUUCCCUGUUUAGGUGGACGUUUGGGGACCAGGCACCAACUGGUACAAUAUAAAGCUCUUAAGACGCUCAGCAUUUCGGCCAAGUCAGGAAGAUAACGUUGUUGAAGUUAACAUCAUUUGGGGACUAAAGAAACAAGAUCGCAGUUCCUGUCACUUUACAGAUUUCAAAUGUAAAGGAAGGACUGUAUUUGAUACCAGCUUUGAUCUCAAUCCCAAAGAAUGUCAAGAAGCCUUACUGGUAAGUUAAAGGCAACUAUUCCUACCACUUGAAUUUGAAGAAGCUAAAUUUAAAUCAAAUGCAAGGCUGAUCAAACAAAAAUAAAAUAUCCCUCCAUGGCUAAUCGAUCAGUCUUGCAUUUAAAUAAAAGCUUUAUUCUAAAUCAGGUGAUCCUGGUCUACACCAAGAUCCAGAUUCUCCUCGCUAGUCCGGCGCUACUGCUUUUCCGAGUGGUCCUCGCAAGAUUUUACUCAACUGAAGAAACGGCUACUAAAGCGGGGAGCGGGGAAUGAGCCCGCAGAACUGGAAACUAAAAAAAUGGAAAGAAAACAGAGAAUUGGAAAUGAAGUCACUGACCUCAUUGAUAGGGCUAGGGUUCAUUAGCUAGGUUUUGUUCUCAUUUUUCAUUUCCCUAUUCCGAGUUCUCAUUCCCUCCUCCUCGUUCCCCGUUUUAAUAACGUGCCUGAAGAAACUAAUGAUUUAGUUGGGUUUUUUUUUUUCUGCGCCCCACCCCAGUUCUCAUUUAGCAGAAAUGUGAAUAACAAGCUGACCAAUAAUUAACAUAACAAGCUAAAUUUUUAAUCUUCUGCCAUCUUCGAAGGAUUUUUGCCAAGAAUUGAGAAGUUUGCCAGACUACCAAAUCAGCAACCUGAGAAUUCGACGCAAUGCUGUCAACGGAGAGCCAGAAAUUCAAUGUUUUAUGGAGAAACUGAAAGAUUAUCUGCAGGUAAACAUCAGUUUCAUUCUCGUAAAAGUCGAAAAUGUUAGUCCAGCCUCGCAUAUAGUCAAGACCGACCGAUUGACAAGGACUCUUUUUAGACAGUUUUCCAUGUUCUCUUAUUCAUAUUAUUGGUGGGGAAUUGGAGGGUGUAGUCAUGUUAACAUCAUAAGGAAGAUACAGGGGGAAAAUUGUGGGUGAGAAAGAAAAAGCAGUGGAAGAGGAGAAAACAAUGUAGUCGCUAUAAAAAUCGAAACAGAUCAUGAAUGAGUAAGCUUAAUUAGUAGUCUACUUUAAUAUACUCUCGUUGUUGUUAAAUGGAAGCACUCAGUGUGGCGCAGUGGUGAAAACAAUCUUUUCGCACAAAUAUGGCUUGUACUUAGUACAUCUUGAUGUUUGUAUAAGGGUUGAGUUUAUUUUUGUUUUGUGUGUUCCUUCAUACGUUAUUUCAUUGAUUUUAACCGUAAUUACAAUUUACUUUGCAGACAGAAGCCAGUAAGCCAAAAUAUGCCAAUACCACUCCUCCCACAGUGCCUUCUGAUGAAGAGGACGCACGUCUACUAAUGGCGCGAAACCCGCAGCUUUUUAACAUCACACUCGUGGGUAACAAGUACGACAGAUAUUUUGAAGUGAUGCUGGGAUACUGGUUAACAAAUGCCAAUCAAUCUCUGACGUCAGAUGAUUAUCACACGUACGGUGCCCUGCUGGGUGGGUCAAUGGAUCCCACCGACCCCUCCGAAAUGCCAAACUAUCAAGGUCAGCGUGUAACUUCUUGUACUAGUUAUUAAGAGAAAAUAAACACCGAUUAACAAUAAAUUACUGUCUUUGAUCCAAUGACCUUGACCUGCGUAGUUAGGGUUGAUCAGGGUUAUUCGGAGACAACCAGCAUAGGAGCGAAAUUAGCAUAUUAUAUCCUCGGUUAGUUGCCAUAACACCUCAUAUGCUCUGUUUGUAGUUAAAGCGGGAUUAAAGCUAGUCCAAACAUUGUCACAAUUAUUUUAGGUAUUACUUUGCUGACGAAAUCAUACAAAUAUUGAUACUAUGUAGAACUGGAACUCUCCCGCAGGUGGCAAGUAUGGAAACAGAUUAUUAUUCGCUUCAAUUGCUGUAAACACCACCAUGGUACUCAGCAAGACAGGACAAACAGAAGGUCUGAAAGUUUAUGAUCACUGGGAAAAGUUUGUUCGGCAAAGGGUAUGUGUGAACUAUUGAUUUAGCUUAUCGGAGUUUACUGGUCGGUAGAAAAAAAUUUUCUUACUUAAUUUGCAACAAAGUCAUGAAGAAUGAUCCCCGAAACACUGUCAAUUGAAACGUAAACAAACUCCAAGUAAGUGACGUCUUUUGUUUACAAAAAGUUCCGUUUUUGAUUUUUAUCCUCUGAUUUGGUAAAUACUAAUUCAACUAUCCCCCUCAGGAUCGGUUCAUAGCGCGAGAUAUGUACACCACUAUUCACCUCCCCUUCGGUGGAUAGUUGUAUAAUAUUCGUACAUAGUUGAAAUAGAGUCCAUUGAGUUAUAUACAGCACGUAAUUUACACAUGUAUUGUUCACAUAUAUUUCGCGCACUUAAAUUUUUUGUACAUGAUAUUCCGACCACUAAACAGAUCUAUUGUAAUCUUAAACUCAAUAUUCUUCCUGACCGAACAUUUUGUAUUCUUAUAUGUUUACCCAGAUUGCGAAGAUGCCUGCCUCAUGUAACAAUGCAUUUCAAGCCACUCCCAAUGGUCAUAACGCUUGGCAUUGGCUCAAAGUCAAAAAGGUUUGUAGUGUUUUAACUUGAGAACGUUUCUCUACAAAAAUCAGUCAACCAAUCGUUAAAAGAGGGGUUGCCAGAAAACGCACUUUGCCGAGGGUUUUUAGAUUACCUCUUAUGGCAUUUAAAAUGUUUUCUUACUGGGUUGGUUGCACUAGAAAUGUGGAGAAGGGAGACCAAGUAAAAUGUAGCAUUGAAACAGUUUAUUUUUUAAAAACAACAAAAAGUUAUGAUAAAAGAAAGACGUCGUUUUGCUCACAGCACUGAUGUCGUCUUCCCUUCAUUUUUAUUCUCUCACCAGGUCCUCGCGUCCACUGCAGUUCGAGGUAUCCUAUUGGGACUGGGACUGGCCAUCUCGUUGCUGGUAUUUAUGACGUCAAACUGGAUAGUGGGUCUGCUGUGCGGAGCCAUUAUUUCAUGCAUCACUGUGGGUGUAGUUGGAGUCAUACCACUAGCUGGGUGGAAGCUGGGAGUCCUCGAGUCUCUAAAUCUUACGCUGGUAGUCGGACUUGCUGUUGACUACGUAGUUCACCUUGCUGACGGUUAUGUGCGAUCCCAGAAACAAUCGCGCAGGGACAAAGUCCGUGAAACUUUAAGUCACGUGGGUAUUUCGGUGCUUUCUGGCGCUAGUACCACCCUGGGAGCCUCUGUAUUCAUGUUAGCUGCUAAAAUCCUCUUCUUCUUUCAGUUCGGCAUUUUCAUGUUUUGUACUAUCGGUCUUUCAAUCAUUUACGCUUUAAUCCUUUUCACUACCAUACUGGGGAUCUUUGGUCCUGAAGGAAACACAGGAUCACUGGAGCCAUUCUAUGAUUGGUGCAAGAGAAAGGUUGGGGAGCCUGUGGAAGAGGAGAUUCCUUGCGAAGAAAUGACAGGGCCUAGUUGCCGAUCUCCCUCCGAGAGUCCAACAAUUAAGGCCACGCUUUUAUGACAGCUGCUAAAUACAUGACUGCGUAAAAUAUUCUUCAGAACAGGAGCAGUGAGUUGAUCUUUGAAAUCUUGCCUUGCUCUUGUAAAAAAAUCCUCAUAACAUAGAUUAGAGUAGUAUGAUGUCUAGAGUGAGUAAAUAACUCCAGUGGGACCCAAGAAACCUGUUGUAUGGAACGCAGUGAGUUACAUAUCAAACAGUUUAGUGAGCUGAAAGUACCAUAUGAUAGGAUAAAUUUAAAAACUAAGAGUAACCAUCUCUUGAAAAAACACACCGAGGCAUACAGAGUCACUCCCUUACUUUGAGCUAUGUCACUGGUUUCACAACCGUAAAAAGUUUCGCGUUGUUACUAAUUUGUGAAGACUUUCUAAAUUUGAUCAAGUAUUACAAUGAAAAUGAAAUUAUUACCUAAACAAAACUGAAACCAAACAAACAAGACAGAAAAUAAACGCGAGUUUACAAACUCUCAGUUAUUUCAUGGAUACCAAAAGGGAACAUUGUAACAUUAUGCAAUCACAGCCACCCCCACCCCCCCCCCCUCCCCUCCCUGUUUUCAAUACAAACAUCAAGACUUGAAUAUUCAAACUACCCAAAGAUUUUUUUGAAGGAAAAGAUUGUUUUUGAAAAUUUACUCUGCAGCGAAAAGUGUGUGGAAUGGAACAGAUGGGGCAAUUACCAUGAGGAUAAAAUGAUAAUAACCAUGUUUGUCAAUAUUUUGGAAUAAAGUGUAUUAAAGUACAGGCUAUUUUGACGCCAAAAUCGUUCUAAAAAUAAACCGGUCUCUGAAAACGCCAUGACAUUCGCUUUAGGUUAUGGGCUCCUAGAAGCACAAAGAGAACGUAGAAAAGAUGCUUACAACUUUGAACCAAGGUGAAGAAAUAGUAUAGAGUAAACAGUAACUAUAAUCUGAAUAUAAUGUAGCUUCUACCGUAUUCUCAAAGAGUUUUGAAGGUGUUCAGCA